AUGAAGAACAUAAUGCGCAAGAGGAAGGGGGCAUGUGGAUGCAGAGCAGAAUGUGCAAGAGGAGGGGGGCAUGUGGAUGCAGAGCAGAAUGUGCAAGAGGAGGGGGGGCCUGUGGAUGAAGAGCAUAAUGUGCAAGAUGACGGGGGGCAGAUGGAAGAUGCAUUUGACCCCGAUAUUGAUGAUUACAUAGUUGACCCCGAUUACGAUGUAUGGGAUGAUGACGACGAUCUCUUGACAGAGCUGAGAUCAACAGGCCAACUAGACGAAGAGUCAUCGGUUCCAGUCAAUGGGAUGAACACGAUGUUCAAUCAACACAGAGCUGAGUCGGACUAUAUUGCAUCGGAUGACAACAACACAGCCUCUGAUUCUGAUGGUCAAACUGGUACGCGGUUUAACAGGUUUGAUGAGCAGGCUGCGAGAGCCAAUCCCUCAUUCACUGAAGGAAUGUUGUUUGAUAAUAGGCACCAGUUCAAGAUGGCCUGCAGGGAGUGGGGCAUAGUCAACAAAAACAAUCCCGACUAUACCAACUUCCACGUCACAAGUGCGUAUCUGGCAGAUAGUUUUUUGGAGGAGUUCAGAAACAAUCCCGACUAUACCCCUGAGCAGUUUAAGGGCAAGAUCCAAAGAGAGCUGAAACAGAACAUCCCUAUCCAGAAAGCAAGAAGAGCUAGGAGGAUGGCAUUGGAUAAGUUGGAUGGGGAUGAAGAUGGGCAGUAUGAGAAGAUUUAUGACUACAGGAGGGAGGUCCUUAGAACAAAUCCUGGCAGCACUGUCGAGUUUAAAGAGCCGAGAGGGAAAUUUCAAGGCAUGUAUGUCUGUUUUGAUGCGAUGAAGAGGGCUUUCAGGAAUGGCCUUAGGGAGAUUGUGUGCCUUGACGGUUGUUGGCUCAAGGGAAAGUAUGGGGGUCAGUUGCUUUCUGCAACCGGUAUUGACCCGAAUGAUUGCAUGUACCCCCUUGCAAUGGCGUGGGUGAAGGUGGAGAACAUCGAGUCUUGGACGUGGUUUAUGGAGCUGCUGAAGGCGGAUCUGCACUUGGGCAACAGCUCAGUUUUCAUGUCUGAUAAACAGAAGGGAUUGAUCAACGCCGUGAAGGAGUUGUUUCCCUAUUCUGAAUAUAGGUUCUGCUGGAGGCAUCUGUGGUCAAAUUAUAGGUCCACAUUUCACCAUCAACACUUGAAGCCUCUGAUAUGGAACAUUGGGAUAGCUUCUUACAAAUCCAAAUAUGUUGCGGCAAUGAAGGUUUUGGAAGACAGCCAUUCAGAGGCAUACGAGUGGAUUAGUGCUAGAUCAAGAGUGCAUUGGUCUAGGUACUAUUUUGGUACAUAG